AUGAUUAGCAAAAAAGACAGCAUUAUUUCAGAAUACACGCAAGAGGAGGCUAGCAAGCUAUUCUCGGAUUCAAAAAUAAAGGAAUACAGAGGUCAUCGUGAAAAAGUUCAUACAGUUGCAUGGAACUGUGACGGGCGACGAUUAGCCUCCGGAUCUGUCGACAAAACAGCACGGAUAUGGACACCGCACAGAGGCACUGACGUGCGCUAUUCGGUCGAACUUCGUGGACAUACUGAUAGUGUCGACCAGCUCGAUUGGGACCCUACACAUGCAGAUCGGUUAGCAACAGCCUCAUGUGACCGUACUGUUCGACUUUGGGAUCAAAGAACUGGUAAAUGUACAACAACUGUACAAACGCAAGGAGAAAACAUCAACAUUUGCUGGAGUCCAGAUGGUAAUCACAUCGCUGUUGGAGACAAGAAUGAUACUGUCAGUAUCAUAGACACGAGGACUUUUGAAAUCGUUGACCAGCAAGUUAAUAACGUGGAAGUGAACGAAAUUAGCUGGAACACAUCGGGUGAUCUCUUCUACUUGACGACUGGUCAAGGCACCAUCAAAAUAUUCGAUUACCCAUCAUUUAAACUAUUGCAUACCCUUCGCGCUCAUACUGCGAAUUGCUAUUGCAUCGAAAUUGAUCCCAGAGGACGCUAUCUUGCGGCUGGCUCUGCUGAUGCAACAGUGUCAUUAUGGGACCUAGAAUCUUACACUUGCUUGAGAUCCUUUACUGAGUUAAGAUGGCCGGUUCGCACCAUAAGCUUCAGCUAUGAUGGCCAGUUUUUGGCAUCUGCAUCCGAGGAUAGCUAUGUCGAUAUUUCUCAUGUUCGCCUUGGUCAAUCCGUAAAACAUAUCGACUGCUCUGCAGCUAUGAAUACUGUUGCGUGGCAUCCAUUUGAAUAUCACCUUGCAUUUGCUGGAGACGAGAAGGCGUCCGAUGGGUCUUAUGCUGGAAACUUCAAGAUCUGGAGUGCCUCAGCUAGUCUUUCCUCCUGA